AGCCACUGGCACUGCACAAGAGCCGAGUGUUCUCGUCUCACCGUGGAGUCGCAUCUUUGCAAAUCCGCCAUGUCCCCGUCACAACCGCUAAUGGCCCAGUCAGGCCCGUCCCAAUAUAAGCAGCCGGCCCUCCCCCGCGUCCCCACCCACCAUGUAUCCCUCCCGCCAGCCCCCGCUGCACGCCAGCCACCCCCCGCCCUUCGCCCCCGUCCCCGACUCCUACCUCUUCAGCGCCGCCGCCGGCGCAGACCUCCUCCACUCCCUCUCGCGCUGGAACCUCGGCCCGCCAGAGUUCCUCCUGCCCUACCACCACGGCUACGCGCAGGACUACGAGCAGCACCAGUAUGCAGCACCAGACGCCGCACCAGGCUUCUCCCCUGCACCGUCCGACUCGUCCUCCGUCCUCUCCUGGGACACGAGCCCCUCUCCCGCACCCGCACCCGAGCCGCUGCAUGUCACCUGCAACGCGCCCCUCGUCGCCCCUGUGCCGCUGCCCUACCACUCCCCCUUCUUCCUCCAGUACGACGACCUCCCCGACCUCGACGAGGACCUCUCGCACGCGCCCUACACCCGCCGCCCACAGAAGCGCAAGCGCAGCUUCGAUGACGUCUCGCGCAUGGACGGCGGCGCGGACAUGCAGCCUGCCAAGCGGCGAUCCAUCGGCGGCGGCGACGCCCUCCCGCUGCUGCCCACCGGCCUCCCGCCCUCGCUGCCCGCCCACCUGCGCGGCACGCGCCGCAACUCGCUCCCCAAAGGCGCGACGAGGCACGCACGGCCCCGGUAGGCCGCCGACCCCGCAGGCGACGCCGGCGCCAGCGUGAGUCGCCCAGUGUCCUCCGCCUGCCACCCGCUGCUCACCGCGGACGUGCAUCGCCGCUUCUAGUUCGCCCGCAUCCCGUAACGCCUCUGAUCGCAGGCGCUGCGGCGUGCGCGGACAGUCCACGCCCCGUCGCACCAUCCCACCUUCGAUCCUUCGCAAUAUCGCUAUGGGAGACGCCCGGCCCCAUCUGGCACACGACCCGCCGCGGCCCAUUCAGCGAAGCUCGCCCGUCGAUGCUCCGGCGCCCACGCGCCCGAUCACCCAGCCUUCGCCUGCCGCUGCCUUCCCGGCCGACGCGCGGGCGUGCUCGUCUCC